AGGUGUGCAUUUGCCUGGCAAACAACAUGGGAUGACAAUUGCUGAGAAGUUAAUACCUGUGAAGUCUAGGGGAGAUUUUUGCUUGUCAAAAGCAACAGGGGGAAAUAAAAUAUAUGUGAAACAGUGGAAAGCAAAUAGCAUGUAAUAGUUUAUAUUUUUUCUCCCAGACAAAGACAUCCCUGUGCAAUUAUACCCUUUACAAUUUAUGCAUCCUCCCUCGUGUUCUUCAUGCGCCUCGCUAGUCUUGGUGCUUUGUGGUCUGGGGUCUUCUCACACCUUAGUGGAUUCUCUCUCCAUCUGCAUGCAGGCAAGCCAUUAACUGUUCUUAUCUCGUGGAGUUGUAGCUUCUGCUGUUGGCUGCGAGCUCCUUAUCUUCUGGUUUGUGCUACUUGUGCACCUGCUCUCCGGCAGAGCAUGGGAAAGUCCUAGACUUAGGCUAAACAUUACUUAGCAACAUCUAAAACAUCAGUGUGUUAGCAACAUUCUUCUCAUUCUAGUGACAAAACACAGCACUGUACCGGCUACUGGGAAAAUUACUGAGAAAAUUAACUCUGUUCCAGCCAAAAGCGUAUCUGAGUGAAAGUCCACAGCUUGUGGCCGGCUUCCAGCAACUCAGGCUUACUCAUAAUAAACAAAUAAAUGCAUAAUAAAGCAGUGAAGAGACACUGAAGGAGGUAUUAUAUGCCUUACUGAUCAGAAAACUGUUUUUGAGUAUACUUCAGAAAUAUACAUACAAACUACAUAUAUAUGUAGUAAAAUCUACGAAGGUUCAAAGUGUGUGGAGAGCAUGGGUUAUGACAUUGAGCGUUUUGUGGGCUACGUUAACGAAGGGCUGUUGUGCUCCAUCUGCCGAGACGUGUUAGAGAAUCCAUUGCAGGCUCCCUGCGAACACGCUUUCUGCACUGCCUGCAUCCAUGGCUGGCUUGUUCAUCACAGUAACUGCCCUGAAGACAGACAAGCGAUUGAUGUAUCUCUGCUACGGCCUCUCUACAGAUACAUGAAAAAUGAUCUAAACCGUCUUCAGCUGCAUUGCAGAAACAGAGAGUACGGCUGUGAAAUGGUUUGUUCUCUGGAGUCUAUAGACAGGCAUGAAAGGGAGUGUGAGUACAGUCAGAUUCCUUGCUCCAAUGCCGGUUGUACAGUGCAGAUUGAGCGCCGUAACUUGGAUGGUCACCUGGCCGUGUGUGAGUACCGGAGCCGUGAGUGCCCCAAUGGCUGUGGUUACACCAUUCUCAGCGCAGAAGACACACAGCACAACUGUGUAGCAGAGCUAAGAACGGAGCUGGAACUGCUUCGGUCAGAAAUGAUCUGCAGAGUGGAGGAGGCAAAACAUGAGAUGGAGUCAAGGUUAGAUUCACAGAGAAGGCAUAUGGUCCAAAAAGAGAGUAUUCUGCAAAAUGAAAUUGAAGAACUAAAGAGUCAGAUAUCACGACUGAUGUCAGAUGUACGCUCUCUGAUGGCUGCAGAGAGACAGCACCGUCAGGAGCUGGAGCAGGCAGAGCUGGAAAAACGGGAGUUAAUGGAGCUGCUAAAGGGGCUGCAGAAGGACUGCCGAUUAACUACUACAGAGGGAAGCAAGAAGUCAAUGAAUUUCCGUCCUCUGACACGACUAGAGAGUGUAAAAAGAAAGCCUAGAGAAGUUACAGUUAUCUAAACAGUAGUAAGCUCAAAAAAUGUUUUCUUCUAAUACUGGCUUCUGACAAACUUCUCUACUUUCUUCGGAUGAUUGGUAAACUUUAUAUCGUUUCCGAUUCACUUGUUUUCUUUUAAAGUCUAAAUUACAACUGUAUUUCCUUUGGGGGCAUAAAAACAAAUGGGAGAAUUUUUUUCUGCAGGAACACUGGGAGUUAAAACCAGUAAUUGGCAAAUGUAUUUUUAGCUCACGUUUUUAUAAAAAGGGGGAAGGAGACUUGAUUUAUUAUCUCUUCAAUGCAUUAUUUACUCGACUCUUUUAGAGUCAGAGAUACAGACUAUAAUGGACCAGGAAGGAAACAAUCUUGGAGUAUCUAUGUUUUUAAAGCAUGAGAAAGCAAAUAUGAUUGAUAAGUAAUGGCAUUUGGGAUGUACUUAAUUUUGGGAAAAGUGAAUAGUAGAAUUGGUAAGUCAGUAAUAGAAAUUAAUAUUUUUUUUUGUUUACAAUCUGUAGGAGAUCUUGUUUCAAAGGUAGAAGCAAGCACUUUAAAUUGUAAUUCUGCUAUGUAACAGCUUCAGGUGAGGUUGACUGUUGCUUUAGAACUUCUUUAAUUUCCCAAGCUCAUACACACUUAAGAGACUAAUACCAAAGCCCAAGGUAACAGAACAACCUAGAACCUUUUAAAUAGAUGUGUGAGUAACUUGGAGUUUGUGGGAGGGGAUCUACAUUUUAUUUAAAAAUUUGAAGCUUU